CCUACAGUGGAAAUUUUGGUGGGUAGCCAGACCAGGCUGCGUCUGCAUGCGCUAAAAGUACCGGUAGCGAUACCGAUGCUUUAUUCACGGCCAUUGUCUUUGUAGGACGCGACGUUCAAAACUAUUUUUCAAUCAAAGAAACAAUUCCGUGAAACCAAAAUCGGUAUUGCGAAAGAAGAUAUGGAGAACGGAGCAUUAAAUCAAGGCGAGGGCAAGGAUCCUUCAUCCUUCCUGUCAGAUAUCAUUGGAUCAAGAGUCAUUGUAAAGCUCAAUAAUUCUCUCGUCUUCAAAGGUUACCUACUAUUUAUCCCUCCAUUGCAUAGCCCAAAGCUUACAUGUUCCUAGGAGAACUACAAUCAGUCGAUGGAUAUAUGAAUAUUGCGCUGGAGAAAUGCGAGGAGUGGGUUCAUGGAAAGAAGAAGACGGUUCAUGGAGAUGCUUUUGUGCGGGGCAACAAUGGUGAGGAUUCUUCCCUCUGGAUAUCAUGUCGAUAUGCGAAGCUAAUUCCGUUUGUUUUUUAGUCAUGUACAUCUCGGCCGAUGAGUCUGCAUAAUAGCACAAUGGUGAAAAAGCAUUGGGUGGGAGUUAUGGAGUGCUAUACAGGAAGGAUCCUUUUACGAAAUUCAUGAUAUCCAAAAGACGAUGAUGGGAUGCGACAAGGCAGGAGAAGAGCAGUGCAUAUGUGCAUGGCCAUAAGAUAAUCGAUAUUCCAAUAUUUGGAAACUGCCAAAAUAGAACAAAGGGGU